AGUAUCAGUUCAAGUUUACAAUCCCAUUUUUCAUAUGAUUCCAUAUUUACAGCAAUUUGUAUAGUUUUGUAUGUAAUUUGAAAUUUUUUAAGAAUGAAAAUAUUUCAUGUGGCCAGAACCACUUACGAAUUUAUUGUUGAUCACUAAAUGAAUAAUUAUUAUCAUACUAACGAAAGGUAAUUACUGGAAGCGAAUAGAAAUGGAGGUCAACGAAACGUACUUCACCCACGGAGAAGUCGUCGUGCACAACACUCCAGAUGACUUGUGGGUGUCUAUGCUGGGCAAGGUUCUCAACCUGACCGACCUCGUCAAAGAAUUCGAAGCGACCGAUGCCGUCAGACCAAUCAUCGCCAACGCAGGGAAAGACAUCAGUCACUGGUUCGACCAAGAUACUGAGGAGCUGAGACACCACGUGCACCCGGUGACCGGCGUGAGGGUGCCGUACCUGCCGCACGGGCCCAUACCGCACGUGGGGCCCGAGGUGGCGACCAGCAGCUGGCGGCCCGUGGCGCUGCCCUGGUGGCGGGACCCCAGGUACGUGGUGGGCCGCCUGACGGAGCGGUCCCGGCCCCUGCGGGUGCUCAACAUGCUCAUCAACCAGCAGUGCACAGUCGUCGUGUGCAAGGAAGACAAACUGAGCCGCGUGCUGGAGAGGUACCUGCCCGUCAACUCGCACGCAGCGAGCUACACGUGGAAGUCCGUGCACGGACGUGUUCUGGACAUGGACAAGACUUUGGAAGAGAACGGCAUCCCCGACGAGCGGGACGCAUUCCUCGAGAUCGGGCUGAAGGAGACAGAGUACAUUCCUCUCGUGAUGCUGUACUUCAACGACGACCUAACUGAACUCUAGGCGAGUGUAUUUGCGUGGAUAAUAUAGUGAGUCGUAUAUCACGUUAAA